CAAAAGGCUUAAAUAGCUAUGGAAAUAUCAAAACCAGUUCGUGGCAACUGGCAAUUUGUGUCCUUUACCCCAAAAAUAAUACUACUACCAACUCAUGAUCAUUCAACAUUUGUCUGUUCUUCAAACCAAACCAUGCUUAUUUUUUGCAUGCGCACAUAUGCCAAUCUCAUCACCAACUCCAGCCUUUUUCAAUGUCUCAAAAUCCACCCAAAAACGUUGCCGUUAUCGGUGCUGGUCCUGCAGGCCUCGUUGCGGCCAGAGAACUCCAACGUGAAGGCCACAAUGUAGUUGUAUUCGAGCGAGAAAAUCAAGUAGGAGGCACAUGGAUAUACAAUCCAGCCACUGAUUCCGACCCAAUGGGGGUCGACCCCAGCCGGAAAAUUGUUCAUUCAAGUCUUUAUUCACCACUUCGGAUAAACCUUCCUCGGGAAAUAAUGGGUUUUCGUGACUACCCCUUUGUCGCCACAAAAAAGCCCGACAGAGACCCAAGAAGGUUUCCGGGUCAUAAGGAAGUGUUGGACUAUCUGAAUGAUUUUGCCGUGGAGUUUGGGCUUAUUGAACUGGUGAGAUUUGGAAAUGAAGUUGGUUACGUGGGGUUUCUGGAGGAUGGAAAAUGGAAAGUUUGUUCAAGAAAAAGAGAGAGCGAUGAUGUUGUGUUUGUUAAUGAAGAGGAAUAUGAUGCUGUAGUGAUCUGUAAUGGAUGCCAUACUCAACCACGAAUAGCUGAUGAUAUUCCUGGAAUCGAAGUAUGGCCAGGAAAGCAAAUCCACAGCCACAAUUACCGGAUACCUGAGCCUUUUCGAGAUCAAGUCAUUGUGGUCAUAGGGAAUGCCGCAAGUGCUAUUGAUAUCUCCAGAGAAAUUGCUAAAGUUUCUAAAGCUGUCCACAUCUCUUCUAGAUCAGCUCUAAGUGGGAGUACUCCCAAAAAGCAGAAUGGAUAUGAAAAUCUUUGGCUCCACUCUAUGCUUGAAGCUGUUGGUAUAGAUGGUGGAGUCAAUUUUCAAGACGGAUCCAAAGUCUAUGCUGAUAUCAUCCUACACUGCACAGGGUACAAAUAUCAUUUCCCUUUCCUUGAAACUAAUGGGAUAGUUUUUGUGGAUGAUAACCAUGUUGGGCCUCUUUACAAGCACAUUUUCCCACCAACUUUCACUCCGAGUCUUUCAUUUGUUGGGCUGCCGUGGAAGCGUGGAGCAGCGUUCCCCCGUUGUGAAUUACAAAGCAAGUGGAUUGCUGGUGUUUUAUCUGGUCGAAUUUCUCUCCCCUCGAAGGAAGAUAUGAAUGCUGAUAUUGAUGCAUUCUAUUCAUCCUUGGAUGCCUCUUGCAUUCCAAAACGGUACACUCACAAUUUGGAUUUUCAGGUAUAAAACCUGAGAGACCUUGUUUAUCGGUUGAAAUUUUCUUUCACCUUUUGCCCUUCUUGGGUUUGAGUCAAGGUACCAUUUGGUAUACGCAAAGGAACAAUUUUCAUCCUAGUUAUUCAAGAUAUGAGAAAAGUUUUGAGAAAUGUAGAAUUAAGGAAUAGUAAGCUCUUGACAUUGUGAGCAAACUUGUCUGGUAAUUGGUACCAAUGCGUUGGGGAAUGUAUGCGUCUUCAUGUGACUAAACUAGUUUUUUGAAAAAUUUUAUGAUUUUCAUGUUCUUGCCUCAUUGAGAUUUCAGAACAGCCUCUCUACCGUCUCAAAGGUAGGUGUAAAAUUUGUGUAUGCUCUACCUCCCCAUGUCCCACUUGUGGGAACACACUGGGUUUAUUAUUGUUGUUGUUUGAGAUCGUCCUCACUUUUACAGUUAGAUUAUGAAGAUUGGUUGGCUGCCGAGUGUGGAUCUUCACCGCCUGAAGAAUGGAGAAAGCAAAUGUGGAUUAUCGCUAGAGAUAAGAUAAAGACUCAGCCUGUGAUAUAUCGUGAUCUGUGGGAUGAUGAUGACU